AUGAAGAUUUGCCAUCCGGACAUCGCUGGCGAUGAUGGUGAAGAGAUUUGCAUAUUGCUCAAUGAUGCAUAUGACCUCCUCUCUGAUCCAAAGGAAAAGAAGGCAUACGAUAUCGAACUGCAUGGUGCAAACGGGAUGCCCAAGCCAGUGCAGAUCUCAGUCAGCACGCUAGCUGGUGAACAUGAGUGGACCUCAAAGGCUGGCAACAAGAAGAUGAAGCCAGUCUACAAUGGACGGCCGCUGUCACGCUCCCUCCACCGUAAAGUCCCACCAGAAGAUCAAGGUGAGAAGUGGAACGACGAGAAAUUUGUUUUUGUUGAUGAGUGGACCUGCAUCGCAUGUCGCAACUGCUGCGAUGUUGCACCCCGAACUUUUUGUAUCGAUGCAGAUGCAGGGCGUGCACGUGUCUUCGCACAGUGGGGCAACAGCGAGGAGUUGCUGGACUAUGCUGUGCAAGCUUGUCCGGUUGACUGCAUCUACUGGGUGAGUCGGGAUGAGCUACAAGUGCUGGAGUAUGUGACGAGGGACCGAAUGUUUGAGAAUGGCAACACUGUCCCGUGCUCAAUGGCUGCUCGUCAGGGUACCGGCGGAGGUGCCUUGGCGAAAAGCGGACCGCUGGGUUGGACUUGUUCCCAGUCCACACGAACCCAUCAGACUUUGUAG